CCGGUCCGUUUCGGGGGCCCCCCGGAGGAGGGCGUGCCGUGGACCCGGAGGCGCAGCUGGCGGCCACGGGGGGAAGGGGGGUGGGUGGGCUGAGAGCAGUUUGGCGGCAGGCCAGCCUGCCCCGCCUCUUCCCCCAACCCCCGUCGACCUUGUCGGCCGAAGCUUCCCGGAGCUCCUCACGCCGGCGUGAUGGCGACUGCUGCGGAGGCGGAGGCGGAGGCCUCUCAGCCGACGGACGCUAGCUGGGAAAGUGGCGGCGGCGGUGGAGACGACGAGAUGAAGCAGGCGCUUCCGGAGCUUGAGUCUUCCCCGCAAAAUGGCGGCGGCCUCAGCAUCGCGGAACCCGGCGGCGGCGCCGGGCCUGAGGAGACCGCGGCUGCCGAGGCCGCCCCGAGCCUCUGCCACGAGCAGCCUCAGGACUCGUCUGAGGCGGGCGCGGCCGCCUUGCCCAAAGGCCCCGAAGAGCCCGAAAAACCCGUUAGGAGGAGUUUUCAGAUCCCCAGGAAGAGCAGAGAAAAGAAAGCACUUUUUCAGCCAUUAACUCCAGGCUCUCGAGAAUUUGAGGAUGUUUUAAAUAUUCUUCACUCAGCUUACCUUGAACCAACUUCAGUAACAAAUUUUAACUACAAACGUGCUUGCUUGAUACAUAAUGAGCUUUUGGAAAAGGAGUUUACAGAAAAGCGAAGAGAACUGAAGUUUGAUGGUCGUUUAGAUAAAGAACUUUCAGAAUCCUAUGCAUUUCUGAUGGUUGAUCGAUACCAGGUUCAAAGCAUAUGUGAAAAAGGAUUACAGGUGGGCCAGUCCAAAAUAACAAUUCUUGGCAGUCCUUCCAUGGGUAUCUAUCUUUCUAGGUAUGCUGACUUAUUACAAGCUAAUCCUUUGGAAGCUGGGGCAGUGGGUGAUGUUGUUAUUUUUAAAAUAAUGAAGGGUAAAAUAAAGAGUAUAUAUGACCCCAUGGGUGUAAAAAGUUUGGAAUCUACAUUAAAUAAAAGUGCUCUGGACCCAACACCAAAACAUGAAUGUCACGUGUCAAAGAAUGCCAAUAGAGUUACAUCAGUUUUGGCUUAUAGAGCCUAUGAGCUUACUCAGUAUUACUUCUAUGAGUAUGGCUUUGAUGAGCUAAGGCGAAGACCAAGACACGUGUGCCCAUAUGCAGUUGUGUCUUUUACUUAUAAAGAUGAUAUCCAAACACCGAAAUUCGUACCUUCAUCACGAUCUAACAGCUUUAAUACAGAUAGAAACACAGAUAAAUUUAACUACACGUUGUGGAAAGGACAGCUUUUAAAUAAAGGAAAGCUUUUGUGUUAUAUUUCUCUGAGGUCAGCCACUCGUGCUUUUUUGCCUAUCAAGCUUCCUGAGAAGUUAGAUGUUGAAACAGUUAUGAGUAUUGAUCAUCUGAAACAGAAAAUUCCUUCAGCGCUGUUUUAUAAGGAAACAUACUUAGGUUCAAAUGAAGUUUUGAAGAAUGGAAUGUAUUGCAGCCUUUAUGAAGUUGUAGAAAAGACGAGAAUUGGAAGUAACAUGGAAAGUUUGCUACAAAAACUAGAGAGAGAAAAACUUGUUCUUGUUAAACCUUUGGGAGACCGAGGAUUUCUUUUUCUUCUCUCUCCUUGUCAAAUGGUUUCUCCAUAUGAACAUCAAACUGCCAAGUCUCGAGUCUUACAUGCUUUGUUUCUGUUUCAAGAACCUAGGAGCAUAGUUACUUCACAAAAAGGUUCAACCAAUGCAACACCACAGGAGAGACACGAGAGCAUGCCAGAUGUAUUAAAAAUAACUCAGUUUUUACAGUUUGCUUUGAUUCAGUGUCGAAAGGAAUUCAAAAAUAUAAAUACUAUAAAUUUUCAUUCUGUUGUUGAAAAGUAUGUAAGUGAAUUUUUUAAGCGAGGGUUUGGUUCAGGUAAACGGGAGUUUAUCAUGUUCCCAUAUGAUUCACGAUUAGAUGAUAAAAAAUUCUUAUAUUCAGCUCCAAAAAAUAAAUCCCACAUAGAUAAUUGUUUGCAUACCUAUAUUUUUCGUCCUGAAAUGUAUCAGUUACCUAUUUAUAAAUUAAAAGAGUUAUUUGAAGAAAAUAAAAAACUUCAACAGUUCAGUCCACUUUCAGAUUAUGAAGGCCAAGAAGAAGAAAUGAAUGGUACAAAAAUGAAAUUUGGAAAACGAAAUAACUCAAGGGUUGAAACUAUUACACCUGGAAAGCAGAAGUCAUCUCACUCUUUGGAUUAUGAUAAGGAUAGAGUCAGAGAAUUGAUUAAUUUAAUUCAGUGUAGGAAAAAAAAUGUGGGUGGGGACUCAGACACAGAAGAAAUGAGAAGCAAAACCGUCUUGAAGAGGAAGCUUGAGGACCUACCUGAAAAUAUGAGAAAGCUCGCCAAAACCAGUAAUAUAUCUGAAAAUUGCCACCUUUAUGAAGAGUCUCCACAGCCAAUAGGCUCACUUGGGCAUGAUGCUGACUUGAGACGGCAGCAGCAGGAUACCUCCAGCUCCGGCGUUGCUGACAUCCAUAGGCUGUUUAAUUGGCUGUCAGAAACACUAGCAAAUGCACGCCAUUCUGAUGCGUCCUUGACGGACACAGUCAACAAAGCCUUAGGAUUGAGCUCUGAUGAUGCCUAUGAAGAGCUGAGGCAAAAGCAUGAGUAUGAGUUGAACUCUACCCUGGAUAAGAAAGAAUAUGAGCAUCCUACGGUUGCAAAAGUUGAAAAUGCACAUUUUAAGGGUUCUCAGAGCCCAUUGCUUGAAGUUGAUACAUCGUCUUUAAAGUAUCCUGUUGCUGUUUCUACCAGUGAAGUAGGCACUGACCAUAAGCUACAUUUCAAAGAAGAUCCAAAUUUAAUUAGCAUGAAUAAUUUUGAAGAUUGCAGUUUGUGUCCCACUGUUCCCAUUGAACAUGGAUUCCAUAGACAGUCUAAGUCAAGUAAUGUUGAAGAGACUGAAAUACAUUGGAAACUGAUUCCAAUUACAGGAGGGAAUACAAGAAGCCCAGAAGACCAGCUGGGGAAACAUGGUGAGAAGCAAACACCAGGUAUGAAAUCACCAGAAGAACAACUGGUGUGUCUGCCACCACAGGAGGCCUUUCCUAACGACCCCCGGGUAAUAAGUAGACAAAGAAGUUCUGAUUACCAGUUUCCAUCCUCUCCAUUUACAGACACACUAAAGGGCACCACUGAGGAGGACGUGUUGACAGGUCAGGUGGUGACAGUGGAGGAGCAGUGUGUGCCAGCAGCAGAACCGCCUGCAAUGAGCGAAACCACAGAGAGGACAGUGUUAGGAGAGUACAAUCUCUUUUCUAGGAAGAUAGAAGAGAUUCUGAAGCAAAAGAAUGUUUCAUAUGUCAGUAGAAUUUCCACACCUAUCUUUUCAACGCAAGAGAAGAUGAAACGGCUUUCUGAGUUCAUAUAUUCUAAGACAUCCAAAGCUGGUGUACAGGAGUUUGUAGAUGGCUUACAUGAGAAACUAAAUACUAUUAUUAUCAAAGCAUCAGCCAAGGGUGGGAACUUGCCACCAGUCAGUCCUAACGAUUCUGGUACUAAGACAGCAUUGAGUCCUUUGGGAAGGCAUGUCACACCAGUCUCCUCAAGUGACUUCAACAAACAGCUCCUUGAGCCACUUGGUAGUGAUUCUUUGAAAGACACCAACUCUAAUGAGCAGCAUUCCUCUUCAACUUUGGGUUUAACUGAAGUAGAAGUGAACCAGCCGCACCACGUCACAGAGCCAAUGGUGACCUCCGAUCAUACUGUACAAAGUGAUACGGCGCGGGAACCAGUAGAAAGAGAAGCAACAAAGUCGCCCAGUGAUGUAAACAUUUCUGCCCAACCAGCUCUCUCAAAUUUUAUAAGCCAGUUAGAACCUGAAGUAUUUAACAGUUUGGUUAAAAUCAUGAAAGAUGUCCAGAAAAAUACUGUGAAAUUUUAUAUUCAUGAAGAAGAAGAGAGUGUGCUCUGUAAAGAAAUAAAGGAAUAUCUUAUCAAAUUAGGCAACACAGAAUGUCAUCCAGAACAGUUUUUGGAAAGAAGAUCAAAAUUAGACAAACUAUUGAUUAUUAUUCAAAAUGAAGAUAUUGCAGGUUUCAUUCACAAGGUACCUGGCUUGGUGACAUUAAAGAAGCUCCCUUGUGUUAGUUUUGCUGGUGUUGAUAGUCUGGAUGACGUUAAAAAUCAUACAUACAAUGAAUUAUUUGUAUCUGGAGGCUUUAUUGUUUCUGAUGAAUCCAUUCUAAAUCCAGAAGUUAUCACAAUUGAGAACCUUAAAAAUUUUUUGACAUUCCUCGAAGAACUUAGUACCCCAGAAGGAAAAUGGCAAUGGAAAGUCCACUGUAAAUUUCAGAAAAAGCUAAAGGAACUGGGCAGAUUGAAUGCUAAAGCUCUAAGUCUGUUGACGCUUCUGAAUGUCUAUCAGAAGAAACACCUGGUUGAAAUUUUGUCAUACCACAAUUGUGAUUCACAAACUCGAAAUGCUCCAGAAUUGGAUUGCCUUAUCAGACUUCAGGCUCAGAACAUACAGCAACGACACAUAGUCUUUUUAACAGAAAAGAGUAUCAAGGUGCUUUCCAGUUAUACUGAUAAUGGGAUAGUGGUCGCAACUGCUGAAGACUUUAUGCAAAACUUUAAAAAUCUUGUGGGCUAUCACAACUCAAUCACAGAAGAAAACCUUCCAUUGCUUGGUGCUAAUGAGACUCUUGAGUCACAAUCACAGUCAGAUGCUGUUUUGACAUUAACCCCUUUGGAGCUGGGAGUUGGGAUUUCCCAACAUUAAACGUGAACACAUUUCGCAGAAGCUUUUAGCAUCGGAUUAUCCGGACAUUCACACCUAGUGUGAGUGUUGUGACUAAGUGAACUUGUGGCAGAAGACCAAGCUUUAAGGGAUUGUGGACUUGCUGACCCUGACGCAUUCAUUAUAUUGUGUGAGUAGUGUAUAAUUUUAAAACUUAAACAAAUUGUGUAUUUCAAUAGAGGAGGACUUUUUGUUUUUUAAAUGUAGCUCUUUUAGAAAACGAUGAAAAGGAUGAAGAGGAUAUGUCUCUGGAUUCAGGGGAUGAAAUCUCACAAAUAGAAGUAUGCAGCAAUUUUCAUUCAGAAAUAUUGGCGACAGAAACCAAAGGAUCAAGUGGAACAGAUCAAAAACAGAAUAUUCAAAUUGAGUUGCAAUCGUCUCUUGACUUGCAAAAAAGUUUAUUAGAAGAUAAGACUUAUUACCAAAUUGAUUCUCGAGAGAGAGCUUCUAUUGAUAUAGAACGCUCUGAAGGAGAGAACAGCAAUUCAGCUGAACAAGAGUCAUAUAGCAACUUUCAGGUUUAUCACAGUCAAUUAAAUUUGUCCCAUCAGUUUAGUCAUUUUAAUGUUCUCACUCAUCAAACAUUUUUGGGGACACCAUAUGCCCUCUCAUCAAGUCAGUCUCAAGAAAGUGAAAAUCACUUUUUAUCUGCUUAUACUCAAAGCUCGGAUAGAGAUAAACCUCCAUCUCCAGUAAGUUGGUGGAAAAGUGAUUCUUCCAGGCCAUUUUCAAAAGAGAAAUAACUUUUUUUAAAAAAUAGGUUGUUACGGACUUUUCUCUGUUUCUUAAAACUGAAUUAACAAUUUAUAUUUCAUUCGCUAAACAAAAGGUUUCUUUUCCUUUCUCAAAUGUUUUUGUCCCUCUUAUUUAAAUCAUGAUGGCCUGUAACAGUUUAAGCAUCUGAAAAUUGAAAUAAAUAUAUAUAUUUUUAACAU